AUGCCACGGACGGCCGCCAACCACUCCUAUCCAUUCACCGAAGGCUAUUGCGUCGCUCCAUCUUCACUGUCCAAGUGCCAAUCCAUGGAACGCAGGACGUCAGCGACCCACCUGCCCGUCGCAGGAGAAUGCCACCAUCUACAAGACACGUACAUAGAGGCGACAGAUCAAGGACCCUUGUUCACAGAUGAAAGAGCAAGGACCAUCUCUCCCCCACUCACGGCUGGACCCGAGGUGGCACCAGCCUCGCCGAUCAUGGCCCCUCCCUGCAGUGGGGAGCUGCGGUCACCCCGGCCAUCCUCAGAUGUUGUCAUGAGAAGACAGGCGAGGCAAGCAUGCUACGAGUUCUCGCACGGAAAUGAGGACCUGGAAAUCAUGUUUGAGCUCAACAGCGACAUGGGAAUAACGUUGCGGCAGCCCGAAAGUGCAGGGAGGAGAUGGCGGAAGCGGGGGGCAGAAGAAGCUCCGGAAGGCGAACUGGGAGAUUUAGUCACGAGUGUGCCGUCUGGCAGCGAUGAUUGGGCAGCUACAGGGCUGGACAUGGGCCAGGCACCGAUGUUUUGGGGGGAUGGAAGUUACAGCGAUGUGAGUGGUGGAGAAGCUGUUCAGACCCUGGAGCUACUUGGGGAUCGGUUACACAGGGAUGCACAGCGGCAGUUGGAGUUGACUGACGAAUCGUGCGUAUGGUUUGGCCCAGAUAGCGCAGUUUAA